AUGAAAGGUGAACUUACAGCAGAAGAAAUAGCAGACUCUGAACACAGAGUCAUUGCCCGUGCACAGGAGGAUUCAUUUUCAGUAGAAUAUGCUGCUUUGCUAUCAGGAAAGAUGUUGCCUUCCAGUUCUAAAAUCCUUACACUUCAGCCACAACUAGAUGAAAAUGGAGUCAUGAGAAUGAGUGGGCGCCUAGGUGAUGCUGAAUGUUUGCCUCUUGGAGCAAGAUUUCCCAUAAUUCUGCCUCGCAAAAGUUGGGUGACAAAGCUCAUAAUAAAACAGUAUCACGAGGAUGGUAAACAUGUACUGGGAACAAACCAGACGUUGGCUGCUGUGUCGGGCACGUACUGGAUUAUCUCAGGACGAGAAGCUAUACGAGAAUGGGAGAAGGAAUGUGCUAAAUGUCAUAGGGACAAAGCAAGACCUGCUUGUCCACUGAUGGCACCAUUACCGAAAAUGAGACUCCAAAAGUCACUCCGUGCAUUCAGCCAGACUGGAGUGGAUUAUGCUGGACCAUUUAUCACAGUGCAAGGCAGAGGAAAGGCACGUCAAAAACGUUAUUUAUGUUUAUUCACAUGUUUAACUUCUCGAGCCGUUCACCUGGAGAUGGCAUAUAGCUUGGACACAAGUGCAUUCCUAAAUGCUUUCUACAGAAUGGUAAAUCGAAGAGGCCUACCACAAGAGGUCAUAUCGGACAACGGAACCAACUUUGUUGGUGCCGUUAAAGAACUCAAGGAACUUUUUCGCAAUCUGGAUCAAGACGCUGUUCAACGUUCCCUGGCUAAUCGAGGAGUGAAAUGGCACUAUAACCCUCCAUACUCGCCACACUUUGGAGGGGUAUUCGAGACGAUGAUAAAAUCGGCUAAACGUGCCAUCUUCGCUAUCCUGGGGAAUGGUGAUGUCACAGACGAGGAACUGGAAACUGCAUUUACUGGAGCUGAAGCCCUGAUCAACUCGCGUCCUCUCACCUAUCAGUUGACUCAUCCCCAAGAUGUGAUUCCUCUGACACCGAAUCACUUCCUACACGGCCAGAUCGGAGGGAUAUUUGCUCCAGAAUCCGUGGACACUACAGAUUACCAUCCACGAAAGCGCUGGAGACGUAUUCAAGAAUUGAUGAGACACUUUUGGAAGCGCUGGAUGAAGGAAUGGCUCCCAAGUCUGAACCCAAGACGGAAAUGGAGAACUCCAAGCAGAGACCUGUGUGCCAACGAUGUCGUUCUUGUGAUUUCUCCGGACACUCCACGAGGACAGUGGCCCCUUGGCAGGAUUGUGAAGACAUAUCCAGGACGAGAUGGACAUGUUCGUGUGGUGGGUGUACGAAUCGGACAAUCAGUGAUUACCAGGCCAGCAAACAAGAUCUGUCCACUGGAGUGGUCAACUGAGAAUUGUGAUACAGAUUUGUGA